CUUUCGCACGGCACCAGGCAGCACUUGGAAGGAUUUGUUUUUGUCUUUAGCUGACGUCAAGUGAGGGAGAGAGGAAAAAAAAACCUUAAAUCAGCCCUUUAAAAAAAAACCCACUUGAAAGUACCCUGGAAUAAUGGAAUCCAGCUGUUCGCUGGUAAACUACCUUUUAAAGUAAUUUUUGACUAAAAUUUUGUCCAGACAGAAAACUUUGGCUCUGGCAGCUGAUGAUAGAAAAAAAAAAACAAAGGGGGGAAAAAAACAAAGAACGUCGACUUUAUAUUGAAGACAGUUUUAAAAUCCAGAAGUUAUAAAAGUUGACAGGUGUGCGUAAAGACUUGGCUGCGCCUUUUAAAAAAAAAACUUUGGGAUCUGGCAAUAACCGUCUGUCAUUUUUUUUUUUUUCGCCUUUACAUUAGCCAUUGAGUUGAUAAGUGAGAUCGUUGGGUCGGGGCACGGUGAGGAGAGAAGGGAGUGCUUUUGGAUCGGAAUGUGGAAGCCACUGUGUGAUUAUCUGGUAGAAAUGCUGGCACAUCAGGGUCCCCGCUCUCGCUCCUCUGCCUGCUAGAAGCGGCGGCCGCUGCUGGAGGAUCAGCCAGAAGAAAGCCCGGCGUGUGCCCAGUUCGACCUGCGUCCACAGCGCUCGCCCACUGCCCCCUCAAAUGUCCCUGUCAUUAGUAUUCCUGCUAAUAUCGGCUCUCGACUUCCGCCAUCAUGGAUCGGAAGCCCAAAUCAACAAGUUCCAGCCCUCCAGUAACAAGGAACCGAACGAUGUUGCCUGAUCUCUUGAGCAUUUCCAGCAGUUUUUAUUUUCAAUUCAGGAGUACAUGAUCAUCAGCAUGAAAAAAUUAUCACCAUAUCAGAGGAUGGGUCUGUGCAGAGUCCACGAUUUCCUCAGAGUUAUCCUCGGGAUGUUGUGCUGGUGUGGAGGCUAAUAGCAGCUGAUGACAAUAUGCAAAUACAACUCACCUUCGAUCAAAGGUUUGGACUUGAGGAACCCGAGAACGGACUUUGCAAGUUUGAUUUUGUGGAAAUUGAAGAUUUAAGUGAUGGCACCAUUUUUGGACGAUGGUGUGGUACCAAUGGAGUUCCAGGAAUACAAAUAUCAAAGGCAAACCAAGUCAGGAUACGAUUUCGAUCUGAUGAGUAUCUGGCAUCAAAACCAGGCUUCUGCAUUUACUAUUCACUUUUAGAACCUCCUAAAUUGAAUAGGAACACGCUUCUGAAGGCAACUACAUUCAAAACGGCCCACUUUGAAAGCCCAACAGUGCCACCACCUUCUCUGUCCCUGGAUAACUUAAAUGAGGCUGUUGCAGGCUUUGAUACAGUCGAAGAGCUGAUCAAGUACUUGGAACCGGAGCGAUGGCAACUUGACUUGGAUGACUUGUACAAACCUACGUGGCAGAUGCUCGGAAAGGCUUUUGUACACGGUAGAAAAUCCAGAGUGGAUCUGAACUUGCUGAAAGAGGAGGUGAGACUGUACAGCUGCACGCCACGUAACACAUCGGUAUCUCUGCGAGAGGAACUGAAGCGGACUGAUACUAUCUACUGGCCGGGCUGUCUACUGGUGAAGCGCUGUGGAGGCAACUGUGCUUGCUGCUCACUCGGUUGCCACGAUUGUCAGUGUGCCCCCAUUAAAGUAUCAAAAAAAUACCAUGAGGUUCUGCAGCUACGAUACAGGAGCCCUGGGAAACCACUACAGAAAUCUCUUGCAGACGUUGGAUUGGAGCACCAUGAAGAAUGUGGCUGUGCAUGCAAAGGAACAACAGGAGGUUAAAUCCGUUUGGUCUUUAAAAGCAUUUACCUUACAGAGAAUUAAACCUUAGAGCAAUGGGGCCCUUUGUGCGUUAUCUUUCUUAGAAAUCACAGUCAUCUCAGUUUUUUGGGAUUUUUCCACUUCCUAGCUUGUUAAUGGAUCUUGGGUAAAAUCAGUUCUCCUGCUUAUGAAUGGAACUGCAAAAUAUUUAUACAGGGGAAAAGUCCGGCAACCAAAUGAAGAUUGAAUUGCUGGAUGACAGCAAAGAAAAUGGCUCUUGCAUUGCACAUCAGGUUCCUUUUCUCUCUUUCGCCUUUGGAAAGAUAAAAAUGUAAUUAGUUCACUGUUCCAGUUCUGAAUCCAGUAAAAGUUCAGAAAAUAUUUUCAGGUAAAACAGCUCAUCUGGAGUCGCUUAUUGUUUACUUCAUUAACUUUGUGAGUUACAAUACUCCGAGAAAUGUUGCUGAAAACUCCAAGAAACUCUACUUGUUUCGUGCCGUUUCAUCCUCAAGUGACAUCAUGUUCUCUGAGCAUUAAACUUCUCUUCCACGUACAAUUUGUAAAGAGAACUGUCCCUCUAUGACUUCAGACACAAAGUCCUAUCAUGUGUAUCCCAGUGAGGAAUGCAUUGGGAAAUACAGAAUUUGAUGAGAUUGAGGACUUACUUUGAUGGACUUUUCUGAUGGAAUUGGCUGAAACUGUGUACAUUUUAAAAAGUCUUCUCAUUUAGGCUAAUGUGGCUUAAGCUUCUUUUUAUAUCACAUUGAAUGUAUCUAUUUUGUACCAAACUUAUUUAAGACUUUAGCUUUUUGGAUUCUCAUGAUUUACAGUACUUUGCAAAAAAGGGAAAUGGGUAGAUGUGGUUAAAAGCACAGCCAUAUCAUUGCACUGUUCAGGUUGGUGCUGUAUAUGGAAGCUACUAUUCCAAAGAUCAUUUUAACCAGAACUGCUACUCAGUUGUUGAUUUUGUCCAAAAAAUAAUUGUAGCUGUAUUUUAGUUCAAUCCAAUUUUACUUGUCUUCAUUGCAAAGGCAAAAUAGUGAGAAAAUAUGCUGACCUACAGUUGACAUAUUUUCACUUGGUGUCAGUCAGUUACUAACCAAGCUGAUAAAUGAUGAUCAUUUAACCAGAAUAAUUGGAUUCAUAUAAAGUUCAAUACAAGACAACAAAAUCAGUUGCCUAGGAAAUUGGACUCAUUUUUCAAUUAAAAACCCAUGCUCAACAAUUCUAUAGCAUUCAAUUAAGAACAAAACAAAAUUGAAUCACCUGAACUUGUCACACAGUGAUAUUUAUUUAAUUUUAACUUAAAUGUUAAAAACUCACGCGUAUCAGCUAAUGUAGCAGAAACUAGAAUUGUAAAAGUUACAAAUAUUUCUGUAUGUUAUUCUUGAUUCUUGGCCACGGAAUAAUCAAUUAUCUGCAUAUUUAUUCUGUAUAUAGCGCUGUAAUGACCUUAAUUUUCAUUUGAAAUGCAAAACCCAGUCUCUCUUAAGGAACAAAGUGGGCAAAACUAUCUGUGCUUCCGUCAAAUAAAGAAGAAAAGAUGGACAUUAGAUUUUAUUUGGAACAUCAACAACUCUUGUAAAAUCUAUCCAAGGAACUUAUUAAAACAAUUCAAA